AUGGUUUCCGCAGAAACAAUUGGUUCCAUUUUUAUAAAAGUGUUCAAAGUGGUCAUCAACAUUGUAGUGCUGAUCAUUUACCGAACAGGCUAUGGAGGAGAUUUCCUUGGUAUUGGUGGUACUUGGAACCUGAAUGAAGAGAAAAGUCCCGAUGCAGAAAUCGUCGCAUCCGGGGUGUUUGUCGGUUUCAUCAUCUACACCGGUGUGCAGUUACUGACGUUUGGUUUCGGCACCACCAAACACAAGUACGAGCUUUCUGACACGAUCAUGAAUGUGGUCGGAACGUUCAUGUGGGUAGCUGUCGGUGGUACUGCUUUACACUACUGGCACGGAUAUCUGGCUGAACACGACUUUGAAAACAUUACUUCCGAACGAACGGCUGGACUGGCAUUAGGAGCAUUGUGUGUCAUAAACGGAGCCCUCUAUUUGGCAGAUUCUGUGCUUGCCUUUAUUCACUACACUAAAUAUGCCUAA